AUGGCUAAGAAAACUAAGGAUAAAGCAACUGCUACUAAAAAAGCACCAAAAGUAAAAGGUCCUGUGGAUCCAGUCAAGACUAAAAAUCUUGUUCGUUUAUUAGAUAUUCUUGCUUUACUAUUGGCUAUAGCUGCUUUUCUACUUCAAUUAUUCGCUGUGAUCUCUUAUCAUUGGAAAUGGCAAAAAACAGAUCUUCAUUCAAUCGUAUUACCGGAUCUUCAUGAUCAUCAAGCAAAAGUUUAUGAAGAUAGUCAACUUCAUCAAAAUUAUGGUUUAUUCUCACGUGAAGUUAAAGUUUAUGGUAAUAAUGAUGAACAAGUUGAUAUUUUAGCAAGUACACGUUUUCCAAGACUUGAUGAAGGUGAUGAACAUUUAGAUUAUUGUUUAUCUCAGACAUCAACUCUUCGUGGUGCGCUUCUUACUUGUUCCAAACAGUUAAUUUCACGGUAUGAAUGUCAUUGUCGACGACAUAGUUAUUGGAAUUGGGUUAUCUUUUUUGAAAUUUUUGCAUUAAUUUUACUUGGUAUUGUUGUAUUUCUUACAGCUUUACUCACAGGAAAACUUCCUGCUAUAGUUAAACUAGCUGCAGCCGGUUUAGCAGUACUUGCUUUUCUUGUUCUAUUCCUUGGUCUUAUAUUAAUUCUUAGUUAUCUUAAACGUGAAACACAUUCAUUUGCUGAUGCAUAUCCAUAUAUAUUUCAACGACUUGCUAAUGUACUUGGUUAUGGUCACAAUUCACAACCGCUUAUACGACGUAGUCCAACUGUACUUCAUCAAGCUAUUCGUCGUCAAACAAAGGAUACUUAUCGAGCAUAUUCUUUAGGACCUAAACAAUAUCCACAUAAUCUGACACAUUAUCAAGAAUUUUCAGCAGAAAUACAUAACUGGGUUUAUAAACCAUAUCCAGGUUUUGUCCAAACUCUUACUCAUGAAACAUCGCCACAAGGUCGAGCUCCCUAUACAACUAAUCUAAAACCUGAGGUGGCUAGUGAAACAGCACAUACUGAACAUCGUCGAGUACUUGGUUAUGAUCGACUUUUUGAAAAUACAGAGGCUGGUAUUGGUUGGUCAACUGUUUUAUCAAUUCUUGCUAUGAUUCUUUCAUUACUUUUACCAUUAAUUCUAAUUUUUUCAUGGCUUACAGGUAAAAAAUUACCACCAAUUACAAAAACAACAGAAACAACAACGACAAUUGUUAAAACCGACUAUGCAGUUGUACCACAACACGAAGCUGCUGCUGAAACAGUACCAUUAAGACCAAUUCCUACUGAUUAUGAUCCAUAUCGUCCAAUAGGAGAAGCUAUUGUAACAAGACAAAAUGUAGGACAAGGACCUUAUGAUACUCAUGGUGUUCGACCUGAACCUACUAUCAUUCGUGAUGUUGUUAUUCGUGAUAAUCCACCAGUAUCAGGGGUUCCUCAAGAACAUGUAUUUCCGGUUCGUGUUGAAACAACUCAAACAACACAACGUACUUAA